AUGACUGAAAAUUGUCAAAAUAUUCCAUCUCUUGCUGUAAUAGAUUUCUAAUUAAACAAGGACAAAGAAACUACUUCAGCUAUCAACAACCAAAAGGAUGAGCCUUAAUAAGAAAAAAUGAUUUUAAAUACCUUUAGAUUUUGGUGUUUAUUUUUCCAUUCAAGCUGCUUUACUUUCUUCUCUGGAUAUGUCACUGCAGAGUUCAACACUAUGUUAAAUCAUCUACCACACAUUUAUGGCUGGGAUGAUAGUGAAAAAUCAAUGUAUAGCAACCUUUGCAACUCACUUCCUAUGCUUGGAGCUGCAAGUAUAGCUUUUUGGAGUGGAGAGUUUGCUUAAAAAUUCGGAAGAAGAAAAUCCCUUAUGUUCUUUAGCGUUGUACUAAUUAUCGGUAGUAUCUUGACACUAUUUAGAAAUACUCCAUUAUUAAUAAUAGGAAGAAUACUUCAAGGAAGUACUUUUGCCAUAUUUUCAACCGUCUCACCUUUAUAUAGCCAGGAAGUCUUAGUUACUGAAUAUCGCGCUAAGAGUGGUACUUUAAUUAGUGGAUGUUAAGGUUUGGGAGUAUUAACUGCAUUUUUGAUGGGAUUUGGAUUACCAUCUGAUCCUGCUGACACUGAAAAUAAAUUUUUCUAUGUUCCAUUGAGCUUACCUGCUAUUUUAAUGGCCAUUCAUCUUCUUUUGUUCAUAUUUGUUUUCAAGGAUGAGACACCAACUUUUUACUUACUUUAAAAGAAUGACUAUUAAAGUGCUUAGAACUUCUUCUCAAAACUUUAUGGUUAAUCUUAUGUUGAAAGAGAAAUGGAAGCUAUUUCAGCAGUAAAGAAAGAAAAUGAAGAAGUCGAUAAGUAAAAGAAAAUUAGCUUUUGCGACUUAUUCAAUUAGAAAUAUAGAUAUAGAACUCUUCUUGCAUUAGAAUUAAAUGUAACUUCGGUUUACACAGCAGUUUCGGUACUCUCUGUUUAUUCUACUUAAAUAUUUGAGAAUAGUUAUUCAACUAAUGUAGCAACCAUGUUUUCCAUAGCAACUACUUUAGGAGAUAUACUAUUACCUCCUCUAUCUAACAAGAUUAUUAAUUGGUUUGGAAAAAAGAACUCUUGCAUAUAUGGAUGCUUUGGUCUGAUUCUUUGUGAGUGUAUUUUUAGCGGUCUAGGAUUUGCUGGACAAGAAAAGGCUAUGGCUUUCUUCAUUAUUAUUCACAGAUUGGUUUUCUCUUUGACUGUUGGACCAUUUAAUUGGAGUUAUCCAUAUGAGAUAUGUCCUCCUGAAGGAUUGGGAAUAUAUAUUAUGCAGUUUUAUGUCCUUAUGUAUAUUAGUUUAUACACUUUCCCUUUGCUAGUUUCAUCAUUUGGAUUAGAAGCUGCAUUUUUAGUUUAUGCUGGUAUUAUGCUAAUUAGCACUCUAAUUAAUAUGAAAUAUGUGCAACAUAUUGAUAACUGCACUAUUAAAGAUAUCUAAGAUAUGUUUGAUUUACGUAAAAUAAAAACACUAGUAAACUUAAGCGACUAUAAUACUUCUCCUUCUCACAAAAGAUUUAACCGUAGAAACAUGUCUUCUAAACCACCAACGAUUGUUUUAACUUCUCUUGCAAAUAUUAAAGACUGUGAAGAUGGAGAAAUGCCAACCAAUUCUAAUAAAUAAGCAACUGAAUAAAAUAUAAAUGGUGGAAGUCCAACAAACAAACUUCAUAAUUUUGAAAACAGCAAUAACAGUAAUACUGGUACUUUUAUUUUUAGUAGCUCUGGAAGCUAAGCUUACCUGAGCAAUUCUCCUUUACGCUAGAGUCCAUUAAAAAGAGGAAGUAAAAAAUAAAAAUCUGCUAUAAUCAUGUAAAAAGUAGUCAGCAACAAGCAAGAUCUAGAGGUAGUUUAAGAAGUAAAUAAUGAGUAAUUAAAUAACAAGCUGGAUUAAUCUUAACCAGGCUAAACAAACAACAAAUAAGAAUAGUAAUAAGAAGGUACAGUUUUCGAUAACAUAGCUUAAGUAAGAAAAGUAAGCAAAACAAUUAAUAUUCCUUAAACUUCAGAUAGAUAAUAAUAAGAUGCCAUACAAGUUAUAUAAUAAUAAGGAGAAACUUCUACAAACUAAACUGAUAAAAUAGUUAAAUUUUAAGAAUAAUCAUGA